AUGUUUCCCUGGAGGAGCAAGCGGCCUUGCCAGGUUGAGGAAGUGUCCGGGGCAAGCAACAACAGCAAGCGAGCCCCCAGUGAAACUGCCAAGGAGCUGCAGGCAAUGAGCGACGCAGAGGGUUGCCACCUAGUGGAGGGCAGCAACCCAGAAGGAGGUGGGAACGAUGCUCUGGAAGGAAUCCUGCCGGCUGGUGAACCUCCUCCCCCACCACCCCCCACUGCCAGCCUCAUGUGUGUGCGGGUCGUGGAGCCUGCCCAUGGCUGCUUCACCCCGAUCUCCUGCACACUGACUGAGCGGGGCAGAAGCAGCCGGAGGGCAGGACUCCAACCAGCCGUCCAGAGCUGCUUCGCAGGAUCUCCCGGCUUCUCCUCCCCCUGCCACAUUCGCAUCCUUGGGUUGUCUCGGCGGGUAGAGCGCAGGGGCAGCGCCGGCCGGAGAGCCCGCGGCCGGGCCGCCUGGGUGAGCGCGCCGAGGCGGCUGCGGUGCAGGCUUCCAGCCCCCACCAUGCCGUGGCCCCUGCUGCUGCCCCUGCUGCUGUUGCUGGCUGUGAGCGGGGCCCAGACCACCCGGCCAUGCUUCCCCGGAUGCCAGUGCGAGGUGGAGACCUUUGGCCUCUUUGACAGCUUCAGCCUGACCCGCGUGGAUUGCAGUGGCCUGGGCCCGCACAUCGUGCCCGUGCCCAUCCCUCUGGACACAGCCCACUUGGACCUGUCCUCCAACCGGCUAGAGACCGUGAACGAGUCGGUGCUGGCCGGGCCGGGCUAUACCACGCUGGCUGGUCUGGAUCUCAGCCACAACCUGCUCACCAGCCUCUCGCCCACCGCCUUCUCCCGCCUUCGCUACCUGGAGUCGCUUGACAUCAGCCACAAUGGCCUGGCGGCUCUGCCGGCCGAAAGCUUCACCAGCUCACCCCUGAGCGACGUGAAUCUCAGCCACAACCGGCUCCGGGAGGUCUCGGUGACCGCCUUCACUACCCACAGCCAGGCCCGGGCGCUGCACUUGGACCUCUCCCACAACCUCAUCCACCGCCUCGCGCCGCACCCUGUGGGGGCUGGCCUACCCACACCCACCAUCCAGAGCCUGAACCUGGCCUGGAACCGGCUCCGCGCCGUACCCGACCUCCGGGACUUGCCCCUACGCUACCUGAGCCUGGAUGGGAAUCCGCUGGCCGCCGUUGGCCCAGGCGCCUUCCAGGGGCUGGCGGGCCUUACGCACCUGUCCCUGGGCAGCCUGCAAGGUCUCCCCCAGCUGGCGCCCCAUGGCUUCCGUGAGCUGCAGAGCUUGCAGGUCUUGGACCUGUCAGGCAACCCGAAGCUCAAGUGGGCAGGAGCCGAGGUAUUCUCAGGCCUGGGCUCCCUGCAGGAGCUGGACCUGUCGGGCACGGGCCUGGUGCCUCUGCCCGAGAUGUUGCUCCUCCACCUGCCAGCACUGCAGAGCAUCAGCGUGGGCCAGGCUGUGCGCUGCCGGCGGCUGGUGCGGGAGGGCACCUACCCUCGGCAGCCUGGCUCCAGCCCCAAGGUGGCCCUGCACUGCGUAGACACCCGGGAAUCGGCUGCUAAGGGCCCCGACACUUUGUGACAAAUGGCAUAGCCUGGGGCCACAUAACGGACUCCUGCCCUGGGCUCCCUCAGGUCCUGGGUAACUUAUAUUUUCAUGUGCCCAAGCCCGGGGGGGGGUGGGGGGACCCAACAAGCCUCUGUGGCAGCCUC